AUGCAGUUGGCAGCUGUGCUGAGAGAUCAGAAGAACAGGAAGGAGGUGGAAGCCCAUUCGGAGCAGCUGGAUGCCAUUGCCAAAGACUGGCCGAUUGUCAACAUCGUCAAGCUUCAGACAUCGAGUGAUAUGCCGUCAACCGGGUCAAGAACAAGAGCCACUGCCAAGGCCCAGCAGAGCCAGCGCAGCCAAAGACAGGCCUUCGAGGAGAUCAAGGCCAUGGCAAGACCUCGGCAGGAGACGCGGCCGACGCGGCCGAUGCCCAGCCAGGUCGAUGCGAGCCGAGGGGAGUGGUGUGAAGAGGCAGAUGCCUGGAGGUUUUCAGCGCAGGUGUCGGAGUUGACGAGCUUGUCUGGGAGUCAGUUGGAAGUUAAUCCAUCGUACAUCCGAUUGAUGGACUCCAACCAGAGAUUGCUGGUGGAGACUUCGUUGCCAGAAACCUUGGACGGGGAGAAGAUGCAGGCAUCUUGGUCCCGCAAGCAGCAAUGUCUGAAGGUUGUUGGCCCGAAGAAGCCGAGUCAGGAGGGACCCACGAAACUGCUGGAGUCGAUGCUUCUUGAUGCGCUCGAUUGA